CUCCCUCCCACCCCCCAACCCCUCAACGCCUCCCACCUCGAAAUCCACCUAACCACGACCCCCCCCCCCGCCCCCGGCUCCCCAACCGCCACCAGCUGUAACGACCACAUGAUCAUCGCCGACUGGACCUCCUCAACCGGCUGGUCCACCCCUCAACUCCUCCCCUACGGUCCCAUAGAAAUGCUCCCCUCCGCCAGCGUCCUCCACUACUCAACCUCCUGUUUCGAAGGCCUAAAGCUCUACUGCGGCCACGACGGCACCCUCCGCCUCUUCCGCCCCUCCGCAAACUGCACCCGCCUCCUACGCUCCGCCCAACGCAUCUCCCUCCCAGACUUCGACCCCGAGGAAGUCCGUAAACUCAUCCACAGCCUUUGUGCGAUUGACGGCCCGCGCUGGCUCCCCGACUCCCACCCGGGGAGAUUCCUCUACCUCCGUCCGACUAUCAUCGGGACGGACUCGAGUCUGGGAUUCAGAGUGCCGCAGGCAGCAAGGCUGAUGAUUAUUAUGUGUUGUUGGCCGACGAUCCAAGCUGCGGGUGAUGAGGGGAUGAGAGUUGUGGUUAGUGAUAAGGGGAGUGUGAGGGCUUGGCCUGGGGGGACGGGGGAUGCGAAGUUCGGGGCGAAUUAUGGGCCGACGUUGUUGGCGCAUGGAUGGGCGACGGGGAUGGGGUUUGAUCAGGUGCUUUGGGUGUUUGGGGAGGAUGAUAGGGUUACGGAGUCGGGGUCGUCGAAUUUUUUUGUGGUUUGGGAGGUGGAUGGUGGGGGGGUGGAGGUUGUGACGUGUCCGGUUGAGGGGGGGUUGGUGUUGCCUGGGAUUACGAGGGGGAGUGUGUUGGAGUUGUUGAGGGGGAGGUUGGGGGAGGGGUUGAGUGAGGGGUUGAGUGAGGGAUUGAGUGAGGGCGUGAGGCCGGUUAGGGUUGUGGAGAGGGAGUAUACGAUGGGGGAGGUACGGGAUAAGGCGAGGAGUGGUCGGUUGUUGGGUGCUUUUGUGGUUGGGACGGCGUAUUUUGUUACUCCGGUCAAGUUUGUUGAUUAUCGGGGGGAGGGGCUUGAGGUUCCGGUGGGGAGGGCUCCGUAUGUUGAGUUGUUGCAGGAGUGGUUGGCGGAUGUUAUGUUUGGGAGGGUGGAG